GUUUUUCAGACUUGGACUCUGAAGUUAUGAGGAAGUGACUCGUCCUCAGAUCAAAUGCUCACAGACACCAGGACUGACGAGGGAGAACGAGCAGCUGCUUCUCUCCAGAUGUUUCCUCGACACAUGAAGGUGGAAAGUGUCUGUAAGUCGACCUGAAGUGAGUUCAGCAGGUGGGGGCUCUGCCAUGGAUCAGUGUGAGGACAGAGAGGAGGGAGCCCCUCCCUCUAAAACCUCUCAGUGUGGGGAACAUGAGAGAAAGACCAGAGCUCAGAGGAAGCAGCAGCAGAGACCAGACGCUCCUGAACCCAGCUGUGUGUCCAUGAAGAGUGACCGGUCUAUAGGUCACUAUAUUGACUUUAAAGAUGGACGACCUGCUGAAGGAAGGAAGCAGCAGCAGAGACCAGACGCUCCUGAACCCAGCUGUGUGUCCAUGAAGAGUGACCGGUCUAUAGGUCGCUAUACUGACUUUAAAGAUGGACGACCUGCUGAAGGAAGAGUUGAGCAGCAGAGCUCAGAGGUCCACAGGGAUCAGUCUGCCCAGCAGCAUCAACCAGACCUGGACUCCAUCUUUAUGCUGCUGGAGGAGAACAUCAUCAGUUUUGUGAAGAAGGAGCUGAAGAGAGUCCAGAAGGUCCUGAGACCAGAUUACCCAGAAUCCUCAGAGAGUCAGAGGGAGGAGGAGGAGGUGUUGGACGGUGAGGAUGAAGAGCAGAGGAGGAGCAGAGAGGCGUUUGUGAAGAUCACAGUGAACUUCCUGAGGAGAAUGAAGCAGGAGGAGCUGGCUGACUGUCUGCAGAGCAGACAUUUUGCUGCAGUUUGUCGACAACAACUCAAAUCUAACCUGAAGAAGAAGUUCCAGUGUGUGUUUGAGGGGAUCGCUAAAGCAGGAAACUCAACCCUUCUGAAGCAGAUCUACACAGAGCUCUACAUCACAGAGGGAGGGACUGGAGAGGUCAAUGAUCAACAUGAGGUCAGACAGAUUGAAACAGCAUCCAGGAAACCAGUCAGACCAGAAACAACCAUCAGACAAGAAGACAUCUUUAAAGCCUCACCUGGAAGAGACGGACCAAUCAGAACAGUGAUGACAAAGGGAGUGGCUGGCAUUGGGAAAACAGUCUUAACACAGAAGUUCACUCUGGACUGGGCUGAAGACAAAGACAACCAGGACAUACAGUUCACAUUUCCAUUCACCUUCAGAGAGCUGAAUGUGCUGAAAGAGAGAAAGUUCAGCUUGGUGGAACUUGUUCAUCACUUCUUUACUGAAACCAAAGAAGCAGGAAUCUGCAGGUUUGAUCAGUUCCAGGUCGUGUUCAUCUUUGACGGUCUGGAUGAGUGUCGACUUCCUCUGGACUUCCACAACACUGAGAUCCUGACUGAUGUUACAGAGUCCACCUCAGUGGACGUGCUGCUGACAAACCUCAUCAGGGGGAAACUGCUUCCCUCUGCUCGCCUCUGGAUAACCACACGACCUGCAGCAGCCAAUCAGAUCCCUCCUCAGUGUGUUGGCAUGGUGACAGAGGUCAGAGGGUUCACUGACGCACAGAAGGAGGAGUACUUCAGGAAGAGGUUCAGAGAUGAGGAGCAGGCCAGCAGGAUCAUCUCCCACAUCAAGACAUCACGAAGCCUCCACAUCAUGUGCCACAUCCCAGUCUUCUGCUGGAUCACUGCUACAGUUCUGGAGGAGGUGUUGAAAACCAGAGAGGGAGGAGAGCUGCCCAAGACCCUGACUGAGAUGUACAUCCACUUCCUGGUGGUUCAGUCCAAACUGAAGAAGGUCAAGUAUGAUGGAGGAUCUGAGACAGAUCCACACUGGAGUCCAGAGAGCAGGAAGAUGAUUGAGUCUCUGGGAAAACUGGCUUUUGAGCAGCUGCAGAAAGGAAACCUGAUCUUCUAUGAAUCAGACCUGACAGAGUGUGGCAUCGAUAUCAGAGCAGCCUCAGUGUACUCAGGAGUGUUCACACAGAUCUUUAAAGAGGAGAGAGGCCUGUACCAGGACAAGGUGUUCUGCUUCGUCCAUCUGAGUGUUCAGGAGUUUCUGGCUGCUCUUCAUGUCCAUCUGACCUUCAUCAAGUCUGGACUCAAUCUGAUGUCAGAAGAACAAACAACCUCCUGGUGGUUUCAAAUGUUUGGAAACAAACCUGAACCAACACUCUUCUACCAGAGAGCUGUGGACGAGGCCUUACAGAGUCCAAAUGGACACCUGGACUUGUUCCUCCGCUUCCUCCUGGGUCUUUCACUGCAGACCAAUCAGACUCUCCUACGAGGUCUGAUGACACAGGCAGGAAGUGGCUCACAGACCAAUCAGGAAACAGUCCAGUACAUCAAGAAGAAGAUUGAAGAGACUCCCUCUGUAGAGAAAAGCAUCAACCUGUUCCACUGUCUCAAUGAACUGAAUGAUCGUUCUCUAGUGGAGCAGAUCCAACAGUCCCUGGGAGCAGGUAGCCUCUCCACAGAUAAACUGUCUCCUGCUCAAUGGUCAGCUCUGGUCUUCAUCUUACUGUCAUCACAAGAAGAUCUGGACGUGUUUGACCUGAAGAAAUACUCUGCUUCAGAGGAGGCUCUUCUGAAGCUGCUGCCAGUGGUCAAAGCCUCAAAUAAAGCUGUACUGAGUGGCUGUAACCUCUCAGAGAGAAGUUGUGAAGCUCUGUCCUCAGUCCUCAGCUCCCUGUCCUCUAGUCUGAGACACCUGGACCUGAGUAACAACAACCUGCAGGAUUCAGGAGUUAAGCUGCUGUCUGCUGGACUGGAGAGUUCACACUGUACACUGGAAGGUCUCAGACUGAGUGGCUGUAACCUCUCAGAGAGAAGCUGUGAAGCUCUGUCCUCAGUCCUCAGCUCCCUGUCCUCUAGUCUGAGACACCUGGACCUGAGUAACAACAACCUGCAGGAUUCAGGAGUUAAGCUGCUGUCUGCUGGACUGGAGAGUCCACACUGUACACUGGAGACUCUCAGUCUGUCAGGAUGUCUGAUCACAGAAGAAGGAUGUCUUUCUCUGGCCUCAGCUCUGAGCUCCAACCCGUCCUAUCUGAGAGAGCUGGACCUUAGCUACAAUCAUCCAGGAGACUCAGGAGUGAAGCUGCUGUCUGCUGGACUGGAGGAUCCACACUGGAGACUGGAGACUCUCAGGGUGGACCAUGGUGGAGAGCACAGGUUAAAACCUGGUCUCAGGAAGUAUUCCUGUGAACUGGAACUGGACACAAACACAGUGAACAGAAACCUCAGACUGUCUGACAACAACAGGAAGGUGACAUGGGUGAGAGAGGAUCAGUCAUAUCCUGAUCAUCCAGACAGGUUUGACUUCUGGUGUCAGCUGCUGUGUUCAACUGGUCUGACUGGUCGCUGUUACUGGGAGGUCGAGUGGAGAGGAGGGGUUCAUAUAUCAGUGAGUUACAGAGGAAUCAGCAGGAAAGGAAACAGUGAAGACUGUGUGUUUGGAAGAAAUGAUCAGUCCUGGAGUCUGAGCUGCUCUGAUGGUCGUUGCUCUGUCUGUCACAAUGACAGAGAAACACCCAUCUCCUCCUCCUCUUCCUCCUCUUCCUCCUCCUCCUCCUCCUCCUCUCACAGAGUAGCAGUGUAUGUGGACUGUCCUGCUGGCUCUCUGUCCUUCUACAGAGUCUCUGACUCACUGAUCCACCUCCACACCUUCAACACCACCUUCCCUGAACCUCUGUAUCCUGGGUUCAGGUUCUGUACCUUUGGUUCCUCGGUGUCUCUGUGUUGAGUGUAGGAGGGAGAGUCUGGACGUGACAGCAGCUUCAGUCCUGUGGUUUAAAUGUUGGUGGUGGACGAGGUUUCACUUUGGUUUCCAUUUGAAUCACUGAUUGUGACUUUAAUGAACUUCUUGUGUUCACACUGUGUUGACUCUGACUCUUACUUCUGUAACAUUUCUGCAGCAGUGUCUCGUAGCUUCUCAUGUUGUUGUCAUGUAGUUCUCUAAUAACAGACGUCCUACUUGUGUAUUUGGUUUAUAGAGGGGUCGUUCUGCAUCACAGAUACAGAACAGAUGAUUGUAUUCAACCAGGUUUUACACCUGGAAACCACAAACAGAAGGAACGAGUCGUUCUCUGCAGCCGACUUCUGAAACAUGUCAUCAGUUCAAAAUCAUGUUUAUAAGACAUUCAUGACUUUUCUUAACCCUCCAGAUGUUUUUAUAUUCUGUAAACUCCCCCUGCCUUCAGGGUCAACAGUGACCCCCCCUCACCACACUGAUGAAGAGAGAAAAGUCAGUUCAGUUCAAAGAGACAACAGCUGACAUCAUCAAGUUAGAGAAUAAAUGUGUUUCAUCCCUGAGCAGAGAGACUUUAUUAUUCUUGUUCAUAGUGAUCUUUACCUCAAACUGCUGAAUCUGCUGUGAUUGACAGAUGAUGUAACCCAGCUGAAUAAAACAAAUAAACUAUUAUAAACUA